AUGGCUAGAGUCAGGCCUGCUACCCCUCGUUCCUCGCUACGGAAGCUCGUAGGUGAGGAUAGAAGCGAAAGUCGAGCACUGCCUAGUGUCUCUAAGCGCCGUCGCACGGCUGCAUCUAACCCAGCAAAAACUCAGGAGAUCCGACGAUGGGAAGGACCAGAGUUGACAGAACGGCAACUUCUAAUCCGUGAAGCUGAACAACGGGCUAUGCAGACAGCCCAGCGGGACCAAGAGGAAAUGGAGCUAGACCGCCCUACUUAUCCAGAUCCGCCGAACAGUCCUGCUUCCACUUCCUCUUCUCUCGAGCGUUUGCUUCACUUAGAUGACGAUGCAGAUUUAGCUUUUGAUCCUUACGAUUACGAAUCCGAUGACUCGUGGCCCUACUCAUUAAACCCCGAUGACCUAAGUGUUUCUUACUCAUCGGGUGAUUCCUUCUCGUCGAGCCAUUCCUCUACAUUGAGCGAGUCUGCUGCUCUUGACAUAAGCAAUGAAGAUAUUGUAGACCUAAUCAAAAUGAAAAAAGAUCCUUCUACAACAGAUGAAACCAUGUGGGAACUUUUCCAACGAUUAAAAGGACAAACUGUCCCUCGCCACCAUAUCGCACUGAAGAGGAGACUUAGCCAGUGGGGAGAGGAUAACGAGACUGACGUGCUCCCGACAAGACCAGCGUUCAAACAUAUCCAAUGGGACGGCAGUAGUAGGAGACCGCAAGAAGAAGAAGUGUCACCUCGCACUUUGCCUAGCCUGCUUCCCCAGUGGGUUGUGGACAUUGCAAAGUAGGUAGUAACCUUGGAAGUCAUCUUGCUCAUCAUUCUGCGCUAUCCAGGAAUUAAGGCCACGUUGCUUGAUGCACUACAUCUUAGCCAAGUAGACGUCCGUUGUUCAUACAGUAUGCAGGCAUUGCUUAAAAUUAAUUGCUUCCCUGUUAUAACUGAGUUGGUUAGAGUGUAAUGUUAGAUGUUAUAUCUUAAUUAAUGAUGAGGUCUUCCGAGACGUUAGUUUUAGAUCUGUAAGGGAUAUUCUCACCCAUAACGUAUAUGCAAUGCCCCGAGCUGAUUCGCAUGAAUGUUGGCAUAUUCAUUUCAUUUAAGAACCAACAUUAGAUGUGAUAUGUUUACCA